AUGGAUUGUGACUCCACUGAUAUUCCAGCAACUUUAACAAGAGCAGCUGAAGAAAAGAAAAAGGGAUAUAAGAAGAAGCUUCAAGACCGGAUCCCAAAGGACAGUCCCUCAACCACCAAGACUGCAACUGUACAGGCAAUCAGGGAGAUACCUUCAGAUCUCUUAAAGAAACCAGUGGAAACUAAAACUGUUUCGAAAACAGAUGGAGAACCAAGCUCCAUCUCAAGUGUGAAAGAUCACCAGCCUAAAUAUUCCAUCACUGUGUCUCACAACAGUGAGUUAAAUAUCAGUGAAGGAGACCUGAUCCCCUCCCCCACAACACAAUACCUUGCACAAAAAUACCUUGGCAACGGCGCGUAUGGAAUGGUCAUCCAAUGCAGGAAUGUGACCACCGGAGAGACGGUGGCUCUAAAAAUCAUCGAAAGCCUCUGGGACAUUGACUAUGCACAAGUAGAGGAGGUCAUCCUUCAAAACAUGAAGAAGCUGAACUCAGACAGGUUCAACAUCGUCAGAUUGUACGAGUCCUUCUUCUACAAGGAACACUACUGUCUUGUGUUUGAGCUCCUGGAUAUGGAUCUGCAGAAAUUCAAACGGAUCAGCCCGGGUCAACACCUUCAGCUGAAGCAGAUUCGCCCCAUUCUGCAGCAGCUAGCUACAGCCUUGGACUUUUUGAACAGCACAGGGAUCAUUCAUGCAGAUUUGAAGCCAGAUAACAUCAUGCUGGUGGAUCAUGUCAGGCAGCCACUGAAAGUUAAAGUUAUUGACUUUGGCAUAUCCUUCGAUGAUCCUGAGGAAAUGCUCGGUCAAAACGUCCAGACCUUGUGGUACAGGGCUCCUGAGAUUCUGUAUCAAGAUCAUUUCAGCGGGAAAAUCGACGUAUGGUCUCUCGGCUGCAUUGCUGCUGAGCUGUCGAUGGGCAAACCGCUGUUCCGUUCCAAGGAUGAGGAUGAUUUGAUGGGGAAAAUUGCAGUUGCACAAAGAGAUCCACGGCAUGAAGGAAACCUCCUUCCACAUGCGUUCUGGCCAAGAUCUUGGAUGGAAGGCAGAUUUAUGGGGGAUCAUCCUGUCUGGUUUCAAGACGUCCAAGCUGAAUUUUGUGACCUGCAGUGCUUCAUGGACCUAAUGACUCAGAUGCUGAUGAUGAGUCAGUAUAAAAGAAUUACCCCCGGCAGAAUUCUCCAGCAUCCAUUCAUCACCAUGAGCCACCUUCAAGGCUCAUACAAAAACAGCCUCUAUUUGAAGUCAUGCAAGGAUCUGAUGGACAUCUGCCAGGAUCAGAGCUCUGAGGAUGGAGGACAUUGAGACCAGGUGAUCCUGCAAAUGUUCCUGAAGGAGGACUCCUCCAGCAGCACUGCCAGCCCAGCCAAGGAGGGCAGCAAAGUGAAUGCAAAGUCUGGCAACAGACCAGAAGACUCCCAAGCCAAGGUCAGAAGGAGUGAACGACUGGCAGCCACUUGAAAGGGCACAAGUGGGAAAACAGGCCCAAACCAGUCCAAGAGGAUGAGAGAGAGGCAUGAUCCCUCAUCCAAUGGCAACCCCUCAAGAAAGAAGAGACACAUGGGCCCUGCUGGAAUGAGAGACUCCCAAGCCAAAGUCAGAAGGAGGGAACG